CAUAGUGGAUUUUUGAUUCUCAUAUUUUUUCGAAUCGAAUUUUUGAGUUGAACGAAAAUAAAAAUUGGUUUAAAAUUGAAUUUCGUUACAAUUAAAAUGAAAUAAUGUAUUGACGAUUGGUGUUGAGAAUAUUCUCAUUCGAUUCAACACUGAUAAAAUCAUUGCUGAUUUAUUGAUUAAAAUCGAUGGUGCAAGUGAAUAAAUCAAAUACCGAUGCUGCUCGACUCCGUUUCCAUUUAUCAUUGUGAUAUUUUAUUCGAUUCAAGGCAUACAUUGUUUAUCAAAAUUCACCUAAAAUCAUGCAAAAUACCAAAAGCAAUAACAGUGGCAAUGAAUCGGAUGGUACGAUGAAUCAAUCGUCGCAUUCAAUGGUGGAACGCCCAUUUUUCUAUUUGCCACAAUUUACACAACCGGUUCCGGUGCAAGUACAGAUGCAAUUACCAAAUAUUGUACAACCACGGAAUAUGCCAUCGGCAGCGGUGAAUGCAAAUCGAAGGUGCGACAUUUGUAAUAAAGUCUUCUCAACGCCCGGCAAUUGUAGCAUACACAAGAAAAAACAUACGGCCGACAAUGAAAAGGUGCAAUGCGAUGAUUGCGGCAAAAAUUUCUCAACACCCGGCAAUCUAGCCAUUCAUAAACGGAUACACACCGGCGAAAAAGCCGUUCGAUGUGAUGUUUGUGACAAAGAAUUUUUACACAGUGGCAAUUUAACGGUUCAUAAACGAAUUCAUUCGGGUGAAAAAUGCGUAAAAUGCAAUGUAUGCGGUAAAACAUUUUCUCAUAGUGGAAAUUUGACGAUUCACAUGAGAAAGCAUACAUUUGAAAAGCCAUAUAAAUGCACACAGUGCGACAAAAGUUUCAGUCAUAGCGGCAAUCUAAAUAUUCAUAUGAGAAAACAUACCGGUGAAAAACCGUUCCGUUGCGAAGUGUGCCAAAAAACAUUUUCCUAUUCUGGCGGUCUGACCAUCCAUAUGCGAAUACACACCGGGGAGAAACCGUACAAAUGCACCGUGUGUUCAAAAGAAUUUUCACAUUCAGGAAAUCUGACCAUCCACAUGCGAAAGCAUACUGGUGAAAAGCCAUUCAAAUGUGACCUCUGUAAUAAAGAAUUCAGUCACUCAGGCAAUUUAACAAUACAUAUGAUAAAGCAUGUAGAUGAAAAAUCAUCAAAAUCGGAUCAAAAUAAUUUUGAUAUGCAAACAACGAAGAAUGUAUCACAACUGCCUCAACCACAACAACAUCAAUCAGCUCAACCAUCGCCCCAUCAAUCGGUUGAUCAUGCAUUCAAUCCGAAUAACAGUGAACCGUUUCAAAAUCAAAAUUUCGAAACGUCCAACCUUUAUAAAACUGAUACAUUCAAAACGGAAAUCUAUCGCAACGAAGUGCUGAAAACAGAAUUUUAUAAUAAAGAACUGGCGCAGGCGACAAUGUUAUAUCAUCGUGAUUUAAAUCAACCCGAAAAUUUUUCCAGUCAGUUAAUUAGGUUUACUCAAGAAAAAUAUCCGAAUAAUACAAAGUUUUAAACGAACAGGACGAAAGAAAAAGCAAACAUAAAAGCAAACACAAACAUUUUUCCAUUUCUCUAGAUUAUAAGUGAAUGAAAACUGUACGUUUAAGAUGAACCGAAAUCGCACAGAUCAAAUACACUCAAAAUAAAAUAUUAGAGUUUAA